AUGGCGCUCGGGCCGACAGCAUCUGGUGACGGCGCAACAUCAGCGUCAACGGCGGGCGCCGCGCGCCAGCAUCGCCUCAGUCAGGCGCCGCAGGCUUUGGAUUACCAGGCGCUGGCCAAGUGGGUGGAGCAGCUGCUACCUUUCCUGGGGCUGCUGGCGCUGCUGUUUGUGUAUCAGUUCUUCACAGGCCUGUUCCUGUGCGCCUGGCUGACCUGCAGCGUCCACAAAGCCAAUGAUGUGCUGCGAAAAAUUGUCGCCCAGACCACCUGCGAGCCGUGCGAACUGGCGGCCGCCGUCAUCUUCGUGGCCACAAACGUGGCGCUGACGCUGUGGCUGGCCGGCCCGCAGCAGCUGCGGGCGCUGCUGCUGCUCGCACCCCCGCCGCCAGCUGGCGGCGGCUCCGGCGAGGGCGCCGCCGGGUCGGUCUGGGCGGUCGUUUUUGGCGUGGCCAUAACGGACUCCCUUGUGCGCUGCUGCGGCAUCAUUCCGAAGCUCAUUAUCGCAGCCAUCACCAUGCGGCCGCAAAUCGGCUGCGGCGGCGGCGACAGCGCGAUCGCCCGCCGCCUCAGCAGCGCGAGCAGUUGGAGCAGCAGCAGCAGCGCCGGCAGCAGCAGCAGCAGCAGCAGCGGCGGCGAGUGGGCCGCCCCCUCGCAUGCUGCGCCCGCGCGGGCGGGGGCGCCGCCGGAGCACGCGCAGGUGCAUUCCGCGCAGGCGCAGGCCGGCUACCGGACGCUGCUGCCGCUGCCCGCAUGGCACGCGUACCUCGCCCGCGCCACUCCCAACCCGGCGCUGUCUGCGCUGCUGGCGGCCGCCUACCUGGCGUUCAAGGCGCACGCCCUGUUCCGCCGCGGCCAGCUGCUGCUGCUCGCGACGCGGCUCGUGCUGCGGACGGGCGCGAUGUACGGGCGCUACCUGAAGCGGGGCGAGCUCGACGCGUGCGGCGGGGACGGUUCGGCCGGCGGGCGCGGCCUGACGUGCCCGAUCUGCAGGGACGCGCCUACGGCGCCGAUCCGGCUCGACUGCUCCCACGUGUUUUGCGAGGACUGCCUGGCUGAGUGGCUGGAGCGGGAGCCCACCUGCCCCAUGUGCCGCUGCAACGUGAAGCCCCCCGGUCUCAACUUCGGCGACGGCUCCACCACCCUGCUGCCGCAGCUCUUCUAG